CAUAUCUGGGGAAUCUUUGAAGACUAGAAGCCAAUGUUGUAUUUUUUGUUGUCUUCUCCACUUGAUACUGUACCUCCACACUGUCUUCUGCAGGAUGUUGGUGCUGACAGGAAGUAAGUGUGUGGCAGUAACUCUCAGCCUCAUCUUGUGGCUCCUGCUGGCCAACAUCAUGUUGCUGUUGUACUGCUUGAAGUUGCCGAGCCAAGACGGCCGCCAAGACGAAACGUGCCUCAGCAAGAACUCAACCGGACCUUCUAGAAUCCUCCGGAAAGGCGCGUGCUCGCCUGUGGAGAACAUCAUGUUCAUGAAGACGCACAAAACCGCCAGCAGCACGCUCCUCAACAUCCUCUUCCGCUUCGGACAGAAGCACCGGCUCAAGUUCGCCUUCCCGGACGGACGCAACGAUUUCUUCUACCCGUCGCCGUUUCGCCGCUCGCAGGUGAGGAACUACACGCCCGGCGAGUGCUUCAACGUCCUGUGCAACCACAUGCGCUUCCAACCCCGGGAGGUGGCCAAGCUUCUGCCUGCUGACGCCGUCUACGUCUCCAUCCUGCGUGACCCCGCCCACCUCUUCGAGUCGGCCUUCCACUACUACCACCGCGCCGUCCCCUUCACCUGGCGGAUCGGCGCCAAGGACAAAAUCUCGGCGUUCCUGGACGACCCCUGGGGUUUCUACAGCGUGGACGCCUACAACUCCUUCUACCUGAGGAAUUUGCUUUCCUUCGACUUUGGUUUGGACAACAACUUGGAGCCGGACGACGCCGGAGUGACCGCGUCCAUUUCGGAUCUCUCCACCAGGUUCCAUCUGGUUCUCAUCGCAGAACACUUCGAGGAGUCCCUCGUCCUCCUCAAAGAAACCCUCUGCUGGACCACGGAGGACAUUUUGUACUUCAAGCUCAACGCCCGCAAGACGUCGGCGGUCACGCGCCUGACCCCGGAGAUGCGCGCCAAGGCUCUGCGGUGGAACGGCGCCGACUGGAAGCUGUACCGCCACUUCAACGACACCUUCUGGGCCAAGGUGGAGGCCUACGGGAGGGGGAGGAUGGAGCGGGAAGUGGCGGAGCUCCGGAGGAGGAACGCUGAGAUGAGAGCCGCCUGCAUCGAGGGCGGAGAGGCGGUGGACGCCGAGAUGAUUCGCGAGGAACGCUUUCUACCCUGGCAGCCCGUCGGAGGAAGGUCCAUCGUGGGUUACAACAUGAACAAAGACGUGGACGCCGAGUUGAGGAGCAUGUGUGAGAGAAUGCUCACACCCGAAAUACAAUACUUGGACCACUUGGGGGUCAAUCUGUGGCUGACCAGACUGUGGGGUUGGUUCAAAGAUGCCAUUUACUGACUUUAUAGACUUAGACUUCCUUUUUAUUGUCAUUCAAACCGUUUAUAUUUCACCCUUAGGGAGACCUGAACACGCUGCCUUUGAAGACGACACCAUGGAAAAAAAUGUUCCUUUUCAAAGUUAGUGAGAUGUAAUUUGGCCACAGAACCAAAUUUCUUUGCUUUGCUAAGUUUAUUUUAACAUGAGUAUGCAUCAGAGUUCCCCGGGACCUCUUUGUCCCCCAUUGACUCCCUUUUGCAAAACCCCAAACCAGUGAAGUUGGCACGUUGUGUAAAUGGUAAAUAAAAACAGAAUACAAUGA